AUGGCGGCUUCUAUGCCGCUCUCCCUCUCCUUCCUCUCUCUCCUCCUCCUCCUCGUGCUCGCCGCAUCUUCCGCCGCGGUUAACGGAGAGGAGUACGAGUCCAACUUCUGUGACCGCUACGUGCGCUACCUCGGUCUUACCUGCCGCGAGUAUCAGGUUACCACAGUUGACGGUUACAUCCUCAACUUCCAGCGAAUCCUUAACGCAACUGCUUAUAACGCAUCCAUCUCAGCAGCAGCAGCAGCAGCAGCAGCAGCAGCAGCAACACCUGCAGCAACAACUGCUCCCACCACCACCACUACCCGCUCCUCCUCUUCUUCCUCUCCUACUCCCUACCCUGUGCUUCUAGACCACGGGCUUAUACUGGGGGGCGAGCUCUGGUUCGGCCUCUCUAAUGUCACAGUGGACCCUAUCGCGUACAAGAGGCUGCCUGUGAUUCUAGCGAACAGAGGCAUGGACGUGUGGGUGGUUAACCACCGCUGCACCGAGUACUCUCCGCGCCACGUUACCUACACGACUGAGCAGUGGCAAUACUGGGACUGGGACUUCGACCGGCUGGUUCAAUUCGACCUGCCUGCUGUGCUGCGAGUCAUCACCACCGUCACCGCCUCCCCCAAAGUGCACCUCGUGGGGUACAACCAGGGUGCCAUGCUCCCCUUCGCCCUCGCAUCCACCUACCCUGAAUACACCCGCCAAACCAUCGCCUCUGUUGCUGCCAUUGCUCCGAUCGCCUACCUCGUCAACAUCACCUCCCCGGUGCUGGACGCCUGGGCCAACAACUGGAGCCCUGACAUCUUCUUUUACCAGAACCAUCUACUCAAUGGAGCUUACAACCUCACAGCAACGGAGGUUCUCGUCUCGACGCUUCGCCGCGUGGGCUUUAACUUCUAUACCGUUUUCACUCCCUCGGGAAAUGUACAGGACAUUCUCAGUAACGUCACAGGCCCCAUCUGCUGCAUGGACCCUAACGCCCCCCCUCUUGCUCUCAACCCCCAGUGGGUGGCCACUUCCUACCGGGCGCUGAUCCACUACCAGCAAGAGAUCCGAGAUCGCCAGUUUCAGCUGUGGGACUUCCUGUCAGCACAGGCCAACACUGCCAAUUACGGCUCUUCCACCCCCCCUCUGUACUAUCCAAGCCGUUUGCCGACCAACAUUCCGGUCCUGAUCAUCUCAGGGAGCAAUGAUUGGUUCGCCGACCCUGCCAAUGUGGCUCGGCUCAAGUCGCAGCUCGGCACGAGCCGGUGGUUGGAGCAUGUGGAGGUUCCCCUGUACUCGCACUUCGAUUUGAUCUACGGCGAGAAUGUGCAUAAUGAUGUGUUCGCUAAAGUCGCUAAUUUUCUAGGGCCUGCGGGAAAGUAG